CGAGCCCAACCAGCUCUUGUUCCAGCCGACUUACCUCCCCUGACGCCCACAACAGCCAAACAUUUCCAACGAUUGGCGGGUCUUCAAGGUGUAAAAACCAAACAGUUCAAUACGGAUUACACAAUCUCUGAUGAGUUGGGCCGGGGCUCAUACGCCAUUGUGUACAAAUGCAUACACCGUACUAGCAGAAAAAUUUUCUCAGUC